GCAGCACCGGCACCGCUCCCACCAUGCACAGCUUGGCCACGGCCGCGCCUGUGCCAACAGCGCUGGCUCAGGUUGACCGUGAAAAGAUCUACCAGUGGAUCAAUGAGCUGUCCAGCCCUGAGACGCGGGAGAAUGCGCUGCUGGAGCUGAGCAAGAAGCGUGAGUCUGUGCCUGACCUUGCCCCGAUGCUGUGGCACUCGUUUGGCACAAUCGCAGCGCUCCUUCAGGAAAUUGUAAAUAUUUAUCCAUCAAUCAACCCUCCAACUUUGACAGCCCAUCAGUCCAACAGAGUCUGCAAUGCUCUAGCUCUACUACAGUGUGUUGCAUCACAUCCUGAAACGAGGUCAGCUUUUCUGGCAGCUCAUAUCCCUCUCUUCCUGUACCCCUUCUUGCACACAGUUAGCAAGACACGUCCAUUUGAGUACCUGCGGCUCACAAGCCUUGGAGUGAUUGGGGCCUUGGUGAAAACUGAUGAGCAAGAAGUGAUAAAUUUCUUACUGACGACAGAAAUUAUCCCCCUGUGCCUACGCAUUAUGGAGUCUGGCAGUGAACUCUCCAAAACGGUUGCUACGUUUAUUCUUCAGAAAAUCCUCCUGGAUGACACAGGGCUGGCAUAUAUCUGUCAGACUUACGAGCGGUUUUCUCAUGUUGCCAUGAUACUGGGUAAAAUGGUCCUGCAGCUCUCCAAGGAGCCGUCGGCACGGCUACUGAAACAUGUCGUCCGCUGCUACCUUCGCCUUUCAGAUAACCCCAGAUGUAGGGCACGUGAGGCUCUCAGGCAGUGCCUUCCUGACCAACUGAAGGACACCACCUUUGCCCAGGUCCUGAAGGAUGACACCACCACAAAGCGCUGGCUGGCUCAGCUUGUCAAGAACCUGCAAGAGGGUCAAGUCACUGACCCACGGGGCAUUCCUCUUCCUCCGCAAUGACUGCUGGGGGAGGUGGGGAACCGGGGAAGAAACAGCUCAGGUUUACAAAGAACCAGGAACAGGUGACCUCUUCCGCAACAAACUGGGCUGGCUGCCGGCCUGUCGGACCAUCCCACCUAGCCAAAGGGCUGCUCUGUAGCAAUGCAGCCUGCCUCCAGGGAUCACAGCACCAGCAAAUGCUGAUACUACAGCUUCGGAAAAAAAA